AUGGAGAGCUCGGCGUGCGACGCCGAUGUCGCCAUCGAGAAGGUGGGCAUGGGCCGUGGGCAAUGGAUUCUUUUCUCCCUCGUCGCACUCCUCCUUCUGGCUGAUGGGGUGCAGCUGUUAUACCUCUCCUAUGUCACCAGGGUCCUGCAGGUAGAGUGGCACUUGAGUGCAGAAGAAGAGGCCCGGAUCAUUUCCAUGGUGUUCUGGGGCGAGGUCCUUGGCGCCCCAGUGUGGGGCAUUCUCGCUGACAGGGUCGGGCGGCGGCCCGCGUUCUUGUGGUCAGCCCUGGUGAUCUCCGUCGCAGGCUUCGCCGCAGCCCUUUGCCAGAGCGUGCUCCAUCUUACCCUGGUGCGGGCUGCCGAUCCAUCUACAGUACCUUCGUGGCCUCGCGCAUUUUGGAGCCUUGCGGUUGGCAGGCCUUCACUGUUGCAUGCGCCGUUCCCAAUACCCUUGCCCUUCUUCUUGGUGUCUGGCUGCUGCCAGAGUCGGCGCAUUGGCUCGCCAGCCAAGCUCGGGGACAAGAGGCUGCCCAAAUUGUCACAGUGUGGGCCCGGUGGAAUGCUUCCCCACAUGAGUUCGCCUCGCUGA